AUGAGUAAAAAGGAGCGUCACCUCGGCUCAGGCUCCACCUCCCGCACCCGGACCCCACCCUGCCUGCCCGCCCGCCCGCCCGGCCGGCCGGCUGGUCGACCCGGGGAGCGCUGCGCUCUGCCGUCGGUAAACACAGGACGGAAGCCGUCAGCUGCGCACAGCCUUUCAUUUGAUGGAGACUCUCUGAAGGAGGCUGGACUCAUCCUGAACAGAACCCCAGAUGCUGCAGUAACUACCGCCGUAAUUCCUCCCCGCUGCGUCUCCCCCGGACCGCUGUGCGUCGUCCCUGAGCAGGCAGGGGGGCAGCAGGCUCCCAGUGGGGCUCCCAGCUUGAAGUCGGCCUUCACCCUGAACCCUCCAGCCACGUUCAAGCUGUCCCACCCUGCCUUCCCUCCCUCCUCUGCCUCUCCUGGAGCCUCCCGUUCUCCUUCCUCCUGGCCCCCGCCGGCCCGCCUGGACUCCCGGUCAGCCUUCUCCCUCCAUGAGGGGCAGGGGGAGGCGGCGGGGUCCCUGGAUGUGGACCCCCAGCCUUUCCAGCUCCAUUCAUCGGAGAAGCUCAGAGACCUGGGAGGAAUACUCCGUCAUGAUGUGUCAACUUUAACAGAUCUGUGCUCGGACCUCCCAGAACUGGAGAUCGUGAGCCUCCUGUCCGAGGGCCAGCCCAGCUACACCCUGCGAGCAGACAGUGUGUUCGGAUACGACCAUGAGGACUGGCUGCAGACCCCCCUGCUGCCCCCAGAGGUCGUCCUGGGACUCACGCGAGAGCAGAUUGAAGAGACGCUCAAGUACUUCUUGCUGUGCUCAGACAGAGUGGGCCAGGUCACCAAGACGUACCACGACAUCAAGGCCGUCACCCACCUGCUGGAGGAGAAAGAGCGGGAUCUGGAGCUGGCGGCUCGGAUCGGUCAGUCCCUCCUCAAACAGAACCAAGAACUAACAACACGCAAUGAAAUGCUGGAUGAGCAGCUGGAAAUCGCCAAGGAGGAGAUUGCGCAACUUCGCCACGAGCUGUCGAUGCGGGACGACCUCCUUCAGUUUUACGCGAGCACCGAGGAGAUAGAGAACGCUCAGUCGCAGUCACCAAUGAAAAGGAACGAAUCCAGCAGUUCUCUCAGCAACUUCGUCCACUACGACUUCCUGCAGCAGAAACUGAAGGGACUGGAGGAGGAGAACCGCAAACUGAGAUUAGAGGCCAAUGAGCUCUCAACAGAGACCAGUAACUACGAGGAGCAGGAGCAGGAGCUGAUGAUGGUGUGUGUGGAAGAACUCUCGUCUGUCAACAAGCAGGUGGUUGACCUGUCUGAGGAGCUGGCUCGGAAAGUGGAGGAUUCCCUCCGACAGCAGGAGGAGAUCAGCUCCCUGCUCGCUCAGAUUGUUGACCUGCAGGCUCGCUGUAAAGGGCUCACACAUGAGAACGAAGAGCUGAAUCAAAACCUGAGUGCCUCCCGUGAGAGCCAGCUAAAGCUUCAGUCUGAGCUCAAGGACUUGCAGGACAAGUACUCCGAGUGUGAGGACAUGCUCCACGAGGCCCGAGAGGACAUAAAGAACCUGCGAAACAAGAGCCUGCCCAACAGCACGGUGCAGCGCUACGCUGCGCUGACCUCGGUCCUCCCCAUGGACUCGCUGGCCGCAGAGAUCGAGGGCACGUUCCGAAAAGGCCUGGACACCCCGGCUCCCUCGGAGUACAAGAAUCACCCGUGGCGUGUGUUUGAAACCGUCAAGGUGGCGAACAAAGCCGUGAGGCUGCGGUCGCGGUGCCACUCUCCAGGCCUGCCGGGCUCCAGCCCCGUCUCCGCCCGGUCCAGCUGCAACAGCACGCCGCGGACCAGCUACUACGGCUCCGAUAACGCCAGCUUCACCCUGGAGGACAAGCCCAGCAGUAAUAAUGCUCAGAAGGAGGACAGCAGCAGCGCCAGCGGGCCGAAGCGUCUGGGCCAGCCGGGCACGCCCGGCGGCCAGGACCUGGAGGCGGCGUUACGCAACCUCUCAGCCCGCCAGCAGAGCCACUCCUCAGAGCGGCCUUUCUUCGACGUGGAGCGGGAGCGGAAACUCCGUGCCUUGGCGGCGAACUGCGAGGACGGCGAAGCCUCCAGCGGGUUCCUGACGCCGAACGACAGCCUGACCUCCAGCCCCGCCGCCUCCACCAGCACCAACUACUCCAACGGGAGCUCGCGCCACUCCUGCGGCUCCUCGGGGGGGUCCCGGUCGUAUCUGCCCGACCGGCUGCAGAUCGUCAAACCUCUGGAAGGCUCCGUGACUCUUCAUCAGUGGCAGCAGCUGGCCAAACCCAACCUGGGGGGAAUCCUGCACCCGCGGCCCGGCGUCCUGACCAAGGACUUCAGAGAGCUGGAGGUGGACAUCCAGCACGUGUACAGCCUGAACGACCUGGAGGAGGACGAGCCCGACCUCUCCCAGCUGGCCGGAGCUCACGGCAUGGUCUCUCCAUCGGGCCCUAACCUCCCUCAGACCUCCCCCACACAUACUAUCACCACCUGCCAAGUCCUGCAACCCUCCCUCCUCAUCUCCUCCUUCUCCAAUAGCCUUCACUCUUGCGGCAUGCCAUCUUGUGGGAACUGUAAGCACGUGAGCCCUUCGCCUCUUCCCCGCCACCAGCAGUACCUCGGCCGGGGAGUCCAGCAGCGCACAGCCCCCGCAGCGAGCAGCACCUCCUCCUCCUCCUCCUCCUCCUCCGCCGCCUCCGCGCCGUCGCUGGGACUCCUGCGGCUGCUGCAGGAGCGCGGCAUCUCGGCCUCCACUCACUCGCACCGCCGCCUGCACGACGGCCAUCGUGCACGCCCUCCAUUCCCCACGGUCACGGACAGAGGCGAGGGCUCGGCUCCGGACGGCGAGAGAGGAGGGAACAUUUUCAGCUGGAACUUGGUGGAGAAGCUGCAGAGUCUGGGGCUGCACAGAGUGGCGGCGUGGGGGAUCAUGAACCGCCCCGGCAAGGAGAGGGAAUCUGUUCAGCACCCUCCCGAAGAGUGAGGGGUUCAGCUUCUCUCCUCUCUCGCGGAGCCACGUUUUUCCCGCCACAGCACGUGUUCAUCGAGUCGUUACUGGCGUGCAGCACUCCUCUCCUCUAAUGAACUCCAGCACAGUCAGUAGUUUGUGAGACGUCUUCAUCUCAGGACCGCCACCUCACCACCGGCCUGCUUGACUUGCACAUUUCUUCUUUUUACACAAAAACAAAGAAAAGAGAAAUUCUAAUCUUUUUAUACUGUUUUUGAAUGUCAUUUUACAACUUCUCCAUCACUGGUUUUAAAACCUCACGAGCUGUGCUUAGUUUGUUUGCUUUUUUUUUUUUUAGUUUCCGAUGUGAAACGUCAGCUAAAUGUAAAUAGUGUUUGUUUAAAAUAAAAAAAAGACUACGUGCAGUAAAUUACUGUUUGUUAAAACCACAAACCAAACCAGUGCUGUCACACUGAGAAUCAUCCGAAUGCACUAAAACACACACCGGUCUUCCUGCUCAAUGAAGAAAAACCUCCCGUUUUCUCACCGUCUUGAGAACGUCUGCCUAAAAAAAAAACCUUCACUGACAUCCUUCAGCUCACGUCUCACAACUCCUGCAGUAUUUUCCUCUGAGCUGUGAAACUUUGUGGACUUUUCCUCUGAGCCAAAUCUCACCUAAACCAAAUCAGGUUUGCCAUUCUGCAUCCUCGCCAGCGACUGGGAUUUUUAUGUUUUUGGUUUUUUUUGAAGCAAUAAGUGUACCGACUGUUGGCACUGGUUGUAUCUUUUGCUCGUUGUACAGAUCUGCUGUGUAUUUAAAGUCAUCAGGAACUAUGAAAACUGCUGGGAUCUGAACCACGCCGGGCAUUCAAAGUGAUGUUCAGAGGGAAUUAUUUAAUAAAUAAGAGUAGAAAUGAGUUGUCUUAAUUAUUUAAACGGCAUGUGUUUCUGAACAAUCAACUGUAGCAAAAAA